AUGAAAAAGUAUGCAACAUACACAAACUUAGAUAAGCCAGGGUCAUCAAAAGAUUUUAAUAAAAAUGCAAGGUCUACAAUAUACCCGGUUAAAACUAUUGUAAAUACAAGGCAUGAUCCAACAACAGAUGCGCUUGAGAAAUUGAGCUUGAGAAUCAUGUGCUCUGGUAAUAUUACUAGGCAAAGUUUAUAUAAAAAACCGAGUACUGUAACCACAUCAGACGACGAUGACGAAUUUUUUCUGAAAUUAAAAUCUGAGAUUGACAAACAUCUUUCGUCACACUCAAAAGAAAACUACAAGCAAAACAUUAAUUACCAAGAUAUUACAUUAUUGCAAAAGAAGAGACCUAUAAUCGACAAAGAAACUCAAAGUGUAAUUAAAAGAUUUAAGAAGGAUGCAAUACAUACGAAUGUUAUGCAAACAUUAAGCGAUAAAAAUAAUAGGCAAUCCAAUUAUGUUGAGAGUGCUCUAAAAAAAACAAAUGAUACAUCGACAAAUACACUUUCUAAAAGUGUACAAUGGGAAAAUAUGUUUUCAUCUAAUAUUUUAAAUUCGAAUUUCAGGGACCCUACUAGUAAAUAUAUAUACCAAACAAGUUCAAAGGUGCAACAAAACAAUGUUAUACCUUUACCUACAAAUAAAGUAGUCGUCGCUCAUGCAGAAUACGAAGAAUUUCUAUUUUAUGGAAUGACAUUUCUCACUCCUCCGAAUAGUAAUUCAAGCGAGGAUAAUUAAGAUUUCCGAAUUUUAAAUAUUACGUGUACUAAAAUGUAAAAAGUAUUACUCGAAAAACAAAGAUUCGAUAAUAUUCAGUAAUUAUUGUUUUAAUUUUAGGUAUGUUAUUUAUCUUAAAAAAAUAAUGUAAAAUCAUUUUAAAAAUAUUAUAAUUAUAAUAAUAAAGUC